AUGAUGGAUGCGAAUCAAGUAGCAGAGCUCCGAAGAUUCGUCGAACAGCUGAAACUGAAUCCUUCUCUCCUCCACGAUCCUUCUCUCACUUUCUUCAAAGAUUAUCUCCGAAGUUUAGGAGCUCAAGUUCCUAAGAUAGUCAAAACUGAAAGAGAUUAUGAAGAUACGGCUGAGACUAAACCCAGUUUCUCUCCUAAUCAUGAUGAUGAUGAAAUCACCGAGUCUGAUGUUGAGUUGGAUGAUUCUGAUGUUGUUGAACCAGAUAAUGAGCCUCCUCAGCAGAUGGGAGAUGCUACAGCUGAAGUGACGGAUGAAGAUAGGGAUGCUGCUCAGUCUGAGAAGAGCAAAGCUAUGGAUGCAAUCUCUCAAGGAAAGUUUGAUGAAGCUAUAGAAUAUCUCACUAAAGCCAUCAUGUUAAACCCCACUUCAGCAAUUCUCUACGCUACUAGAGCUACUGUGUUUCUAACAGUCAAGAAGCCAAAUGCUGCAAUCCGUGAUGCGGAUAUGGCUUUACAGUUCAACCCUGAUUCAGCUAAGGGGUACAAGGCAAGAGGUAUGGCUAGAGCCAUGUUAGGCCAAUGGGAAGAAGCUGCAGCUGAUCUUCAUGUAGCUUCAAAAUUAGAUUACGAUGAGGAGAUUGGGUCGGCACUUAAGAAGGUUGAACCCAAUGCAAAGAGAAUCGAAGAACACCGGAGAAAAUAUCAACGUCUGAGGAAAGAAAAGGAACUCCGAAGGGCUGAACGCGAGAGAAGAGAACAGCAAGAAGCCCAGGAGCGAGAAGCUCUGUCUGCACUUAAAGACGGACAAGUGAUUAGCAUCCACUCAACCAGCGAGCUAGAAGCGAAGACAAAGGCUGCAAAGAAGGCAUCACGUCUUCUAAUCAUGUACUUCACAGCAACAUGGUGUGGACCGUGCCGUUACAUGUCUCCUCUGUACACAACCCUGGCCACGCAACACCCGAGAGUAGUCUUCUUGAAAGUUGACAUAGAUCAGGCCAAUGACGUGGCUGCUGCUUGGAACAUAAGCAGCGUCCCAACCUUUUGCUUCAUCAGAGAUGGGAAACAGGUAGACAAAGUUGUGGGAGCUGAUAAAGGCUCGCUUGAGAAGAAGAUUGCACAGCACUGUUCUUCUAAGUAA